UUAACGUUUUUGGUUGCUAUGGCGACCGUUAAACAACAUGGCGCUCAACACGCCAAUUGCAGAGGUGGAAAAGAAGAUCCGAGCAGCUUUCGAAGCGUUCGACUACCAAUCAAACAACACAGUCGAUGUGCGCGAAAUUGGCACAAUCAUCUAUUCUCUGGGUCGCUUCCCUAGUCAGGCAGAGCUGCAUAACUUCAUAGCUGAGGUGGAAGAGGACCAAACAGGAUACAUCCACUUGGACCGCUUCCUUCCUGCCAUGAGCUAUGUUUUAAUGGAACAUAAGUUCCCUCCCAUCUCUGAGGACGUUUUGCUUCAAGCAUUUGAGGUUCUUGACAGUGAAAAGAAGGGCUACUUGGACCCGGAUGAUCUGGCACAGUACAUGAUGGAGGAAGGUGAAACCUUCAAUCAAGAGGAGAUGGAUGAGAUGUUGACAGCCCUCACUGACCAUGAGACCAACUUGAUUUACAGCAAAGACUUACUCAACCAUCUCAUCAUGGACCCAGAAGUGUAGGGCACAGAAAAAUAAAUGUGAUCUGGAAUAAAUCAAUGGUACCAUCAA